GAAAAGAUAAAUUGAGGUAAUCAGGCGUGCAACAUGAACUUUGACCCAUAUUAUGUAUCCCCACCCCGAUAAUAUAUAAGACGGAAGGACAAAGCUCAAGCUGCCAGAAUCGUCGUCCCACUUUACGUGUAGAAACACAGUGUUCUAUAUAACAUGGCGACCCCGGCUGUAUCUCAUCUGGAAAAAGAGAAGGGAAGUAAUGGACGUGGAGAGGAUUUUUCGCGUACACACAAGUGUGGCGAGUGCGGCAAGGAGUUUCGUCGACUGAGUGGCUUAAAGAGACAUAUGCGUUCUUACACUUGCAAGAGACCGUUAAGAUGUGGGAAGUGCAGCAAACAGUUUAGUUGGCUUUGUAAUCUGAAGAGACAUAUGAGAACCCACACCGGUGAGAGACCUUAUAAGUGUGAUAAGUGUAGCAAACAGUUUAGUGACCAGGGCAAUAUGAAGAGUCAUAUGAGGACUCAUACUGAUGAGAAACCAUUCAAAUGUGAGGAGUGCGGAAAUCAGUUUAGUAGGAUGUAUCAUCUGAAGAGUCAUAUACGGACUCACACCGGAGAGAAGCCCUAUAAGUGCGAAGAAUGCAGCAAACAGUUUAGUGUGUUGGGUGGUCUGAAGAUACACAUGCGGACACAUACCGGAGAGAAGCCCUAUAAGUGCGAUGAAUGCAGCAAACAGUUCAGUGUGUUGGGUAAUCUGAAGAUACACAUGCGGACACAUACCGGUGAGAAGCCCUAUAGGUGCGAUGAAUGCAGCAAACAGUUCAGUAAGAUGUGUAGUCUGCAGAAGCAUAUGCGGACUCACACUGGUGAGAAAUCUUACAGAUGUGAGGAGUGCGGCAGGCAGUUUAGUCGGCUUGAUAACCUGAAAAGCCAUGUGAUGACUCAUACCGGUGAGAAACCAUACCAGUGUAAAGAAUGCAGUAGGAGCUUCCGUACCUCAGGUAAUCUCCGGAGGCACAAGCGAACCCACAGUGUGAAGUAUGUAAUAACACUUAGGACACAUGUACGUGACUUAAACCUUUCAGUCAGACCAUCUCCGGAGCCACAAGGCAAAGCGAACUCACAGCGAUUAAACUUCACAGCAACCGGUUUGGCGGUUUCAUGCACGAUUAAGGAUGAAACCCUACCGGUGUGACGAAACCUUACAGCUACCAGGGUGAAACCCUACCUUUGUGAGGAAUGCAGUAAGACUUAGAACUUCUGUCAGUCAGGCCAUCUCCGAAGCCACGUGCGAACCCACAGUGAUAGAAGUUCACAGCUACCGAAUUAAAGGAUUAAGGCACCAGGGGGAAAAGCAGGACAAUGAUAGUUUGGCAAAGAGAAGCCAAGAAAAUAAUUUGGUCGUAGAUAUGGGAAUGACGCAGGUUCGGUGCUACGCUAUAGAAUUUGAUGAUUGGGCUGUUUAUAGAGAUAUAAAGAUAUUAAUGUUUUAGUAAUGGUCUGAUUGCAUUCAUAUUUUCCUAACCUACGUGGACACUACAACAGUGUGUUCUUUGUGUUUAAAUUAGGAAAUGUGUUGUUUUCGACAUUGGAAAGAUUUCUGGCAAAUAAACCAUUCUUAAACAUACAAAUUUUGUAUUUUAAUUUUUUGCCUGGCCUUAUAUUAGAUGUGAGAAUGAUAUAUCAUUGUAGUUUGUUGUGUAGAGUAAUGUAGGCGUCUCUCUAGAUUUUAGAUAUUUGAGUGUGAAUAACAUAGCUACAUGGUAUGGACUGGAACUGUUUGCUGUUUUCUAGAGUAGGUAACAUGUACGCUUGUCUGUCAUAUACUUACAAUUAACCUUCUUUUUUAAAAUAUCGUCGUCGAAAUCGCAUGUUUGAAAACGCAUCAUGGCAGAUAUAUAUAGAUCUACAUGUACAUGUUAUGGACUAGAUUUGUUUAUUGGUUCCUAUUAAAGUAUUUAACAGAUUACUUGUGUUGUCAAACGUAAUAUGUUUGUGUAAGAUACGAAGCUAGCAUAAAAUGUAACUAAUAUUCGACUAUAACAUUUACCUUACUCUGUAUGCAUGUUCACUAUGCCAAAAGUGGACUUUAAUUCUUUUUACACAGUUCUUUAUAAAUGACUUUCAGUCAUGUGUUUGAAAUCAGCGAAGUCAUAUUUUUUUUAAAUAUUACAUUGUAUUCUGUAUGUAAAUACUGUACAUGUACUUGUUGACUAGUUGUUCAAUAAUUACAACAGUAUGUUCCAGGUUUUGGAUUUAUGAAUGAUAAUCAUUUCGAAUCACAGUUUCUCUAUGAUGGUCCAUAGCACAGUCUGAUUUCCUUGUAAAAAUGUAGCUCUACACGGCAGCUCUUACAGGGCAGCUAACGAGUUUUGUUUCUAGCUGAAAAUAGCCGCAAAGAAAGAAGGCUGUAACAAGGGUUGUGUACAAGAAUAUGAAGUUCCGUUUGUUUGUUUCACGUGGAAAAUAUCAAGUUUCUCCAUUUGAAAGAAAAUAUGUCUCAGUGGUAUUUUUUUCCAAACUCUUAAUCCCUUUUUAAGUGUCAGUUGUUGUUGACCUUUCGACUUACCUGGUGUAACAACUGUGACCUGGUAGAAAUACGGUAACAAGCUGCAAGUUGGUUGCUAUUCUGACGCGUCUCAGUUAGGCCACGUUGAUUUCAUUAUAUUGAUUACA